GGAUAAACCGAGCUAGAUUGCUGCAUACGCGACCUUGGUGCAACUUGAGGCGUCUUUGGAAGACUUGCGAAAAAGCAACUGCCGAAAUGAGUGACAACGAAAAAGAAUUCGUUGGUCGGGUAUGUGUGCUCAAAACACCCGAGUUAAAAGUAAUAUAAUCCGUUACAUUUAUUUAUUCUAACCUUGCGUUUCUCCCCAAAACACAGUUAUUCAUUCGUGGCGGAGAAGCUAACGUCAUCAGGCUAGUGAAGAUAGCUAGCGUGGUUGCAGUCAUGAUCAAGGGCUGUUCCCUGUAUUACCGCACAGGCCCUAGCACUAUAUGUCAAACUGCACAUGUUGUUUAGAAGUUAACGAUAAUUAAUGUUGGGUGUUUGAGUUUUAGUGCGUUAGAUUUGAGUGGUUUGGUUAAUUUAACUGCAAAAUAAAUUCACUUUCGUUGUAGAGUAGAUAGAGCUACAUUACUUCUUUUCGUAUACAAGAUGGUUAGGAUGCUAUCAUGACAGUCGACCACAUCCGCGGAAUUUAUUUGUCAGUUCGUUUACACUCACAUUAUAUUAUAGCAUCGAGUGUUACUUGGAAGCCAGAUAACUGCCCAAUUUAGCAGUUUGAUUUCCAGUAGAUCGUUGUAAUAACGUACCAUAAACUAUAUUGCGAUAGAAAGGCUUAGCAUUAGCUAUCGACCAGGCCUAGCGUUAAGUGAAAAUGUUUUUCUUAACAAUAUUUUCGUAUGUGAAGGCACCAAGGAUCCUGUCACGGAAAAGUAACGGUAUCGUUUUGUAUUGGGUUCUCUCCGAUUCUGCUAAUCAUUAGGUAUUUAGCUAUCCAUCCUAGCUAGCUUGUUAGACAGGCUAAGCUAAUGUGGGCUACUAAAGCUUUCACAGGCCAUAUUGAGUGUCGAGCACACAUGCUCUGUAGUGUCUAUUCAUUUGUGGUGUCAACGUUUUCCUCCUGAUUGUUGUGUGUAACGUUACAUGGCACACGGGAUUACUUUAAUGUUGCAAUUUUGAUUAACCUCAGCUUGCUCCACAGUGGUGGUCGGCCCAAUUCAACAUGCACAGAAGUCUUAGGACAACAAUGUUAUCAUUGACGAACGGGCUGGAAUACCAGUUCUCAAAAGCGUCACGAAUUGCUUAACCACUCUGUUUAUUAAAUGCAGUACAUAUGCAUUAUUGGCUUAAUGUCUGUAGUUUCAUACUUUGGGGCUUAUGGUUGCAAUAAUGUCUGUAGUAAAAACAUUCUUUAUCCUUUUCUUUUUUUGUUAAGGUUAAAGUUGGAAGAAGACAAAUGUGGAAGAAGUCAAAUAUGAAGUUUUUAAUCAGAAUAAUUUGAAGCUCGAGUGUGUGAAGCUGAAUUUUCAGAAUGCAUGCUUGUUGUGAGGUGGAAAGACGCUCCUGUAUAGACUAUGGGCAGUGUGAGGAAUUGGGGAAGAGGAAUGAAGUCAGAAAUUUGAAGAAAGAAGAAAACAUGUAUUUGAAGUAAUGAAGUUAAGAUCAGAAGUAAUCUGGGAUAAGAUCACAGUGCUAAGUAAUUAUUAGUAUGUUUAUCCAAUGCGUGCAUGCAAUUAUUUUACACACAAAUGCUAAGGGUAACUGUAGUCCCAUAAAAUUGAUACAUACAAUUGAAAAGUUAGCGUUAAUCACAUCGUAUUAUUUCAUUCUGCACACAACACAUCUAUUUGAUUAUUUUUAGUUUCAUGGAACACCCUAUAACUACACUUAAGUAUAAAGAUUUUAAAUCAUAAAAGUGUGAAUACACACGCAAGAUAUGUCAAUGAAUAACUGUAAUUAGUUGCUAAAAAUCAUCAUAUAGCUGAAUUACCCAUCAUGGGUUGUGCAUGUUUUCCUGGCGCUAAUGUCAUGCUGGUGUGGUUAAUCCAGGAGUCCCGCUCCGCAUCUAGGAGUGUUAGUCCCAGGCGCUCUGGCAAAUCUGCCAGCCACUCCCCAGCACACUCUCCUGCUCGUUCAAAGGAGGACUCACGCCACUCCCGCUCGAAAUCCCGCUCUCACUCCAGGUCCAGGUCGAGAUCCCGUUCUCACCGGAGCUCCCGUCGCUACUACAGCAGGUCCCGCUCUGGCUCGCGCUCACGCCAUCGCCGCUCACGCUCUGGCAGCAGGGAGUAUGGACGCCGACGCAGCCACAGCCGCUCGCCAAUGUCCAACCGCCGUCGCCACAUUGGAAACCGGGCCAACCCUGAUCCUAACAACUGCCUUGGCGUGUUUGGCUUGAGCCUGUACACAACAGAGAGGGACCUGCGGGAAGUGUUCUCCAAGUAUGGCCCGCUGGCCGACGUCAGUAUCGUCUACGACCAGCAGUCGCGUCGCUCCAGGGGCUUCGCCUUUGUCUACUUUGAAAACAAUGCGGAUUCCAGAGAGGCAAAGGAGCGAGCCAAUGGAAUGGAGUUAGAUGGUCGCAGGAUCAGGGUUGACUACUCCAUCACAAAAAGGCCUCACACUCCAACUCCUGGAAUUUACAUGGGAAGGCCCACAUACGGUGCCCCCAGCAUGUCCCGGCGAUCUUCACGUGACUACUAUGACCGCGGUAAUGAGCGUGGCUAUGAUCGCUAUGAUGAUAGAGAAUACUACAGAUCCUAUCGACGGAGGUCCCCUUCCCCUUACUAUGGUCGAGGAGCUUACAGAUCCCGCUCCCGCUCUCGCUCAUACUCCCCCCGUAAGUAA